AUGGAAAUGCGGAUCGCAGCCGAUGAGGACCUUAAGCUGACCGAUACCCUGAUGUACUACACCAAUGACUCGGCGGCUGCCAAAAGCCUCCUCUAUCGUCGCAGUCGAGCUCUCGCAGACUACCAGAACGCCAACAAGGCCCUGGACAAGGCGAGGGCCAAGCAGCAACUUGAGGAUUUCAAGGUUCGCAGGAUCAAAUACUUCCAGAAGAGCCUCGUUUCCCUCGCGGAACUUCAGAUCAAACAUGCCAAGGUGGGUUUUGUGACAACUUAG